AUGGUCAAUCGAUGGAACAAGGCUAUCGCUGUUGGGCUCCGGCACAACCACGACAUUUCCUUCAUUGCGACGCAGCGCAAGACCAUGGCCCUUAUGUAUUAUGUCACGAACUACGCGACGAAGGUGGAGGACCCGGUGUGGAAGCGUGUGGCGGCCGCGGCCGAUCUCCUGGCCGCCUCAACGGGUGACGGCACGGCCAACGGAGGACAGGACGACGGUGGAGGUGCUGUCGAGGUCGUCGCUCAUCUUCUUGGAUAUCCGGCCGAGUUCACCAACAGCAGCGCCUGGGCGUACCUGAACACAUCUCUGCUGUACUGGGAAGUCUUUCGACGGUGGCCGUAUCUCCGACGAGCAAGUGGCGCGGCGGCCAUAGAUGAUACUCUGGAUGAGUCGGUGCUCAGGCGGCCGGGCAAGCAUGCUACCGUCUGCCUCGAUGGCUACCUGAGCAAGGACUUCGGCCACAACGACGACGAGGAGUCGUGCCACCGGAGGGCAGCCGUGCAGCAUCUUGCGCUAUUUGUGCCGUGGAGUCCUUUCUGUGCGAAGAAACAGCUGCUUCGACGAUCAGCCGAAGACGCAAAGCGCGACGCCAAGCAAUGGGCGGCCUCAUCCGGCGAUGGCGAUUCCACGGUCGCCCACGUCGAGGAGGGCGAGACAGGCGAGGCGGGCGCAGAAUUUGCAGCGACGUAUCGGUCCAACAACAUCGGAGACGCAACGCGCCUGAUCGACGUCGUCCGAGGCGCAGUGGGCACGAAUCAGGUGACGGCCAAGUCGCCGGAGCUCAUGGCAAUGAUGCGGCAGCUCUGUCGAUUCCAGCAAUCGGCGCUCUGCUCAACGGCCGAGCUCGAGGCCAUCGCGAUUCCCGAACAAGGGUUGAGGUGCAUAAGCAUGCCAGGGCGGGUAUUUUCCGGGGCCGCACUACCGCCGCAGGAUCAGGUCAAGGCUAUCAAGUCGCAGCAGAUAAGGACUGCCGCGGCGCAGAUCAACGGCAUCACGAUCCACUCCGCCUGCGGGUUCACUAAAGACCAAGGGGCGGGCGGCGCGAACACAGCCAAGGACCUUGACGGGGUGCGGCUGACAAAACGGGCGGAGCGGUUCAUCCACGGCCAGUCUCGGAUGGACUGGCAGGAGAAGGACGUGCUUGUCAUCGACGAGAUUUCGGGGAUCCCCAUCGUCCUCUUCUGCGGAGACUUUCAGCAGUUCCGGCCGGUCCAAGAGAGGUCGAUCGUCCUGCCGAGCGCGGCCAUCUCGUGGGACGUAGACAACUCGUUCAAGGCCGAGCAGCGGCACCAGCACGACAAAGCGCACGCGCUGUGGAAGAGAUUCACGACGGUCGUCAUGUUGAACGAGCAAAUGCGCGCCGCCGGUGAUCCGGAAUUGCAGGGGCUGCUGAAGCGGAUCCGGCAGGGUGUGCAGGACCGCACGGAUCUGGACCUCCUCAACUCAAGGUGCUACCGCGAGGGCAGGCGGAUCCCUUGGGAGACUGGCAUCACCGUGGUGACGCCGCUGAACAGGAAUCGGUGGAACCUAAACAUGGAGGCAAGCUUGGCGUUCCGGGUCCAGCAGCGGUCGACGAUGCGCAUCUUCAUCUCCGAGCACAAGUGGAAGGAGGGCCUGCCGACCGAGGAAGAAGCGAUCAUGGUACUCAAUCAAGGCGACGAUAGCGCGAUCCCCGUGCCGGCCGUCUUCAUGUUCGUGGCCGGGAUGCCGGUCGUCGUGAACCACAACACCCAUCAGGGGCUGAAGCUGGUGAACGGCGCCGGCUACUCGGCGGUGGAGGUCAUUGUCGACAAGGCGUCCCCAGGGCAUCGAAUCUCGUCCGACAUGACGAUCCACUUCGGGCCGCCGGCGGGGAUAUUACUGGAAUCGGCGACGACAAAGGACCUCCACUUCAACGACGUCAGCCGGAAGGGAUUGCCGUGCGCAGCAGCCUUCGCCUGCACGGACUACAAGGUGCAGGGCAGAACGCCAGAGCGCGUGGCCCUGGAGCUGCGGGGACACGGAAGACGAAAGUCGAUGGAAGGGCCGUGCCCUCGCAAUGCGACCCGUACAGCUUAUAUGUGCAGCUAUCGCGCUGUCGAACGCUAG